AGUUAAAGGUCUUCUGGAUAGUGGUGUAAUCAAACAUAGUGAAAGGCCACUGUGGUAUGAUGUAUAUAAGGCAUUCCCCCCUGCUGUUGAUCCUUAUUUUACUCGCCCGAUUCCAAAUAAAAAAGUCAGAGAAAUUUUAUAUCCCGAGGAUUCUUUCAGGGCAAAAAUAAUUAAAAAACAUGUAGAUGAUCUUAUUAAUAUGUUUAAUUCAAAGGAUGAAAGUAUACUACAAAAAUCUAUCCAAUUAAAUCAACUUAAUGUAGAAAAUGAUCCGGAAGAAGUGGUCUCUCGCAUACUAAAGGAACUUCAUGACACUAAUAAACUACCUCUGAAGAGAUAG